AUGGUGCUGCUGUUUCUCACUUCAUUGUACAAGACGAUACCUGCCAACAUCCCGUACUUUACCAACAUUCCAUAUUAUCGAAACAAAUGGCAGUACACACCCCCAUCCCAGCUGUCUCAACGAAACCCUCAUCUGAAGGCAGCUUACAUUGCAUUUGCACAUGGCGACAAAGAGUCACUCAGUGAUCUGCGACAGACAAUGCGCACCAUAGAAGACGUGUUUAACAAGCAUCACAACUACCCAUAUGUUAUCUUUACGGAUGACAAUUUAUCCACUGAAUACAAGGAACUGGUAGCUUCCAUCACUCAGGGAGAUGUCCAAUUUGAAAAAGUAACUCAGUAUGAAUACGGCUAUAGUAAUACCACAGAUCAAUUCAGAGCACUGCUCGCAAGAAACUACCUGAAAGAUACAGAGGGCAACACCGAAGAGUUCCGGUUCAAGUCGAGAUUAAUGGCUGGCACCAUUUUCAACCACGCUGUAUUUGACCAACUGGAUUACUUUUGGAGGUUCGAGCCAGGCACCGAGUACAUGUGCCCAAUAGACUUUGAUCCUUUUCAGUACAUGCUGGACAACCACAAGGAAAUAUCGUACUCAAUGGCAACCUACGAAAAGCAGGAGACAAUACCUUCACUUUUUAACGCGGUAACCAAGUUCAAGAAGCAACACACAAAGUGGCAUCCAUCAAUUGACGUUGAAGACGAGAGUUUGAUGUCUCUCAUGACAAACGAUGAUGGACAGUACAAUCGAUGUUAUUUCUGGAACAACUUUCAAAUCGCAACAACACGGUUUUUCAAGAGCGAAGCGUAUCAAACAUUCUUUGAUUUCAUAGAUAAAGAAGAGGGCAUAUUUUAUGAAAGAUGGGGGGAUCCAGUGAUACAAUCAUUAGCAGCUGCUUUGUUUCUCAAUCGAAAUCAAGUGCACUUUUGGGAGGAUGUUGGGUAUCGCUAUAGAUACCUGUAUAAUCACUGCCCAAGUGAUAGAGCCAUAUGGGAAAAAUGCUCAUGUAGACCAGAACAGAGCUUUGAUCAAGACGGUCUUAGUUGUUUAUCCCUUUUCCAAUAA